CCUCCGCACGGCGCCGGGCCGCGGGCCUCGCGGGGCCGGAGCCCGAGGGUCGCCGCGAUGGCCCUCAAGAUGGUCAAGGGCAGCAUCGACCGCAUGUUCGACAAGAACUUGCAGGACCUGGUCCGCGGCAUCCGCAACCACAAGGAGGACGAGGCAAAAUACAUCUCUCAGUGCAUUGAUGAAAUCAAGCAAGAGCUGAAGCAGGACAAUAUAGCAGUGAAAGCCAACGCCGUCUGCAAGCUGACCUAUCUACAAAUGCUGGGAUAUGACAUCAGUUGGGCCGCCUUCAACAUCAUAGAGGUGAUGAGCGCCUCUAAGUUCACAUUCAAGCGCAUUGGCUACCUCGCUGCUUCCCAGUGCUUCCACGAAGGCACCGACGUGAUCAUGCUGACGACAAACCAGAUCCGCAAGGACCUGAGCAGCCCCAGCCAGUACGACACUGGAGUUGCACUGACUGGUCUGUCCUGUUUUGUUACCCCAGAUCUUGCCAGAGACUUGGCAAAUGACAUCAUGACACUGAUGUCACACACGAAGCCUUAUAUCAGGAAGAAGGCCGUGCUGAUCAUGUACAAGGUGUUCCUGAAGUACCCCGAGUCACUGCGUCCCGCCUUUCCCCGGCUCAAAGAGAAGCUGGAGGACCCCGACCCUGGGGUUCAGUCAGCAGCCGUGAAUGUCAUCUGUGAACUGGCCAGGCGCAACCCCAAGAACUAUCUGUCCCUGGCCCCGCUGUUCUUCAAGCUGAUGACAUCCUCAACCAACAACUGGGUCCUCAUCAAGAUCAUCAAACUGUUUGGUGCUCUGACGCCUUUGGAGCCGAGGCUGGGCAAGAAGCUGAUCGAGCCUCUCACCAACCUGAUCCACAGCACGUCUGCCAUGUCCCUUCUCUACGAAUGUGUGAACACCGUGAUCGCAGUGCUCAUCUCCCUGUCCUCCGGCAUGCCCAACCACAGUGCCAGCAUCCAGCUUUGUGUUCAGAAACUAAGGAUAUUAAUAGAAGACUCUGAUCAAAACUUGAAGUAUCUGGGGCUCUUGGCCAUGUCCAAGAUCCUGAAGACCCACCCCAAGUCCGUGCAGUCACACAAGGACCUCGUCCUGCAGUGCCUAGAUGACAGGGACGAGUCCAUCCGCUUGCGGGCCCUCGACCUGCUCUACGGGAUGGUGUCCAAGAAGAACCUGAUGGAGAUCGUCAAGAAGCUGAUGACACACGUUGAUAAGGCUGAAGGCACCACCUACCGCGACGAGCUGCUCACUAAGAUCAUUGACAUCUGCAGCCAGGCCAACUACCAGCACAUCACCAACUUCGAGUGGUACAUCAGCAUCCUGGUGGAGCUGACGCGGCUGGAGGGCACCCGCCAUGGCCACCUCAUCGCUGCCCAGAUGCUGGAUGUGGCCAUCCGCGUGAAGGCCAUCCGCAGGUUUGCUGUGUCCCAGAUGUCUGCGUUGCUUGACAGCGCCCACCUGGUGGCCAGCAGCACCCAGCGAAACGGCAUCUGUGAGGUGCUCUAUGCUGCCGCCUGGAUCUGCGGGGAGUUCUCGGAGCAUCUACAGGAACCUCAGCACACCCUUGAGGCCAUGCUGCGGCCCAAAGUCACCACGCUGCCUGGCCACAUCCAGGCUGUGUACGUGCAGAACGUGGUCAAGCUGUACGCGUCCAUCCUGCAGCAGAAGGAGCAGGCUACGGAGACCGAGGCAGCCCAAGAGGUCACCCAGCUCAUGGUCGACCGGCUGCCCCAGUUUGUGCAGAGCGCGGACCUGGAGGUGCAAGAACGGGCGUCUUGCAUCCUGCAGCUGGUCAAGCACAUCCAGAAGCUGCAGGCCAAAGAUGUGCCUGUUGCAGAGGAAGUGAGCGCCCUCUUCGCAGGGGAGCUAAACCCAGUGGCUCCCAAGGCACAGAAAAAGGUUCCAGUCCCUGUAGGCCUGGACCUGGAUGCCUGGAUCAAUGAGCCGCCCUCGGACAGCGAGUCAGAGGAUGAGAAGCCCACGGCUAUGUUCCAUGCUGAGGAGCAGAGGCAGGCCCGGCCCCGGCCGCCUGAGGCCGACGAAGAGGAGCUGGCCCGGCGUCGAGAGGCGCGGAAGCAGGAGCAGGCCAACAACCCGUUCUACAUCAAGAGCUCUCCAUCCCCGCAGAAGCGGUACCAGGACACGCCGGGCGUGGAGCACAUACCCGUAGUGCAGAUCGACCUCUCGGUGCCUCUGAAAGUCCCAGGGAUGCCCAUGUCUGAGCAGUACGUGAAGCUGGAGGAGGAACGCAGGCACCGGCAGAGGCUGGAGAAGGACCAGAGGCGAAAGAAGAAGAAGGAGAAGGCGAGGCGGGGCCGGCACCACCGCCACAGCUCGCUGCCCACGGAGAGCGACGAAGACAUCGCCCCCGCCCAGCGGGUGGACAUCGUCACUGAGGAGAUGCCUGAGAAUGCCCUGCCCAGUGACGAGGAUGACAAAGAUCCCAACGACCCCUACAGGGCCCUGGACAUUGACCUGGAUAAGCCCUUAGCUGACAGCGAGAAGCUUCCCGUCCAGAAACACAGAAAUGCCGAGACCUCCAAAUCCCCCGAGAAAGAGGACGUUCCUGUGGUAGAGAAAAAGAGGAAGAAACCUAAGAAGGAGAAGAAACACAAGGAGAAAGCGAAAGAGAAAGGGAAGAAGGCAGAGAAGAAGGAGGGUGAGGACUUAGAUUUCUGGCUGUCUACCACCCCACCACCUGCCGCUGCCCCUGUCCCAGUCCCAUCCUCGGAUGAGCUGGGUGUGGAAACCACUGUCGUCCCUAAAGACGAGUGUGAGGAACCCAGAGGAGAGGAGCCAAAGGAUGAGGAGGGAGAGGCUGGUGAUCGAGGCCCGGACAAGAAUCCCUCCAAACAGAAGAAGAAAAAGCACAAGAAGAAGGAGGAGCGGCCCAGAGACAGGAAGAAGCCCAAGAAGCAGCAGCAGCCCGAGAGCGCGGUGGGCCCCGUGCAGAACGGCGCGCUGGAGGAGGAGCCCCUCCCGCCCAUGUCCAGCUACUCCCUCCUCGCUGAAAAUUCUUACAUUAAAAUGACGUAUGACAUCCAGGGCAGCUUGCAGAAGGACAGCCAGGUCACCGUGUCCAUCAUCCUGGAGAACCAGAGCAGCAGCUUUCUGAAGAGCAUGGAACUCACCGUGCUCGACUCGCUCAACGCCAGGAUGGCCCGGCCAGAGGGCUCCUCGGUGCACGACGGCGUCCCCGUGCCUUUCCAGCUGCCUCCAGGUGUCUCCAAUGAGGCCCAGUUUGUGUUCACUGUCCAGAGCAUCGUCAUGGCCCAGAAGCUCAAGGGGACCCUGUCCUUCAUUGCAAAGAAUGACGAAGGGGCCACCCAUGAGAAACUGGACUUCCGGCUGCACUUCAGCUGCACUUCGUACCUGAUCACCACACCAUGCUACAGCGAUGCCUUUGCCAAGCUGCUGGAGUCUGGGGACCUGAGCAUGGGCUCAAUCAAAGUCGAUGGCAUUACCAUGUCCUUCCAGAACCUUCUGGCAAAGAUCUGUUUCCAUCACCAUUUUUCUGUUGUGGAGAGAGUGGAUUCCUGUGCCUCCAUGUACAGCCGCUCCAUCCAGGGACACCACGUCUGCCUGCUGGUGAAGAAGGGUGAGAGCUCGGUCUCGGGGGACGGGAAGUGCAGCGAACAAGGGGUCCCCCCAGCCUGGCUCUGCACCCUGCUCUGUGCAGGGGUCGACUCUGGGAAUGCAGCAGCAGGGGCUGCCCGUGGCACAAGCAGGACUGCCAUCCGGGAGGACUGCCAGGACCUGGUGGCCAUCAGGGAAGGUGAGGACUGGGCUGCUGUCACCGAGGUUCUCCCUCCCCAGAACCCACAGCGAGAAAGGGUCAUGAGGCUGCUGUCCAUUUCCUGCAUGCCCGUGGGCUGGCUGGCAGCCCAGCCCUAG